CCCUCUAUAGGCGCGCGUGCACGGGUGCCCAGAAUAAGGGGGAAGAGAAAAGAGUGAGCGCACACACACGCACGGGAAGAAGUUCACCCGCAAAAAUUGAACCCCAAAACAAUCCUUAUUCUGUUUAGUGCGCAAAGUUUUGCGUGCAUGCGCAACGACGCGAGAGAGCGUGUUGGAGUUUGUGCGUGUUUUCUUGUUGUGCAUCUCUUAGUGCCGCAGGAACCGCACAGAGAGUCCAGUUACGCGCACAGACCGAGGAUUUGCGCCUCCUCGUUCCGCUUGUACUGCCGAUGAUGCGCGCAAAGUGGAAAAUUUUACAAACAACAAAAGUCCCGCAAACGAGCGGCUGUGUGUAAAGAAAGAGCACAGACAGGGACCAGAAUCAGGAUCGGGCAGUCGGGCAGAGAGAACGUCGCACAUUUCAUUUUGUGAAGAGAUUUUUUUGCACAGUUUGUGUUUUCUCUCGCUCUUCUUUAUUUUGGCUGACCUGUAAAAACAAAAAACAAAAAACAAACCCAAAACAAAACACGUGACUUUUAUCCACCUGGUAAUGCGUCAGACUGAGUUCGGUGUGGACUUCACUGAGUCUGUUUCACCUUCUCGUAAAAAAACCCCUCUUCUCUCACUGUUUGUUUAGUGCUUCAAGUGGCACGCGUCAGGCGCGCGCGGCGCACCGGUACCGGGGCAGGAACCCAAGGUGUAUCCACGCGACCGGAGGGCGUGGCCAGCCCCUCAGCCAGCCCUGUUGAAAAGCAGUGGCGUCUUUCUCCGAGAGCUCAGAGCAGCUUUGAGGAGCGCGAGGCAGCAUCAGCGGAGCUGGGACUGCCCCCCUAACCAAUAGCAGCACCCCCCUCCACACUGGAGCAAGUGCGCGACCAGCGGCCACACCACGUGAACGGCACGAGCGGGACGCGCUCCCCAAAUCUCUGCGAUUCUUCAAAACUUCUGGGGUUUUUUCCCCACGCGCGUUUCGGACCUCACGACCAAAAUGGAAAUUAACGCGAGCCAGCAGCAGCAGCUGAUGCCGCCUGCGUGCUUCUUCUCCGCGCAGAGCGUCCAGCUGAGCGCGAGCGGCGGCGGGAAGUCCGCGAGCAAGCAGCCGAAGCGUCCGCGCUCCUCCUCCCCGGAGCUGCUGCGCUGCAAGCGGCGGCUGAACUUCGCGGGCUUCGGGUACAGCCUGCCGCAGCAGCAGCCGCACGCGGUGGCGCGCAGGAACGAGCGCGAGCGCAACCGCGUGAAGCUGGUCAACAACGGCUUCGCCACGCUGCGGGAGCACGUGCCAAACGGCGCCGCCAACAAGAAGAUGAGCAAAGUGGAGACACUGCGCUCCGCUGUGGAGUACAUCCGCGCGCUGCAGCAGCUGCUGGACGAGCACGACGCCGUGAGCGCGGCGUUCCAGGCGGGCGUGCUGUCGCCCGGCAUGUCGCAGGGAUACUCCGCGGACAUGAACUCCAUGGCAGGCUCCCCCGUGUCCUCCUACUCAUCCGACGAGGGCUCCUAUGACCCCCUGAGUCCGGAGGAGCAGGAGCUGCUGGACUUCACCAACUGGUUCUGAGGAGCAUCCGUGCGAGAAAUAUGGAUCAGCUCACUUUAUUGCUCUCCUGCGCUUGGGAUGGUCCCGAGGAGGAGAAGAACAAGACGGUCCUCCCCGGUCCACCUGACAGACUCAGCAGGAUCCCGGAGCCUUAACUGAACAUCAGGCCGGAGAUCAGCGCUAAAGGAUUAAAGGAAGACGGGUCUCCCACAUGCAUCGUGGGAAUCCAAACUUUCUGUGCGUCCCCUUGAUUAAAAAAGAAAAGAAAAGAAAAGAAAAUGACCCUAAAGCGAUUCACGCUCUCAGCACAUUAAAAACUCUUCUAUGCCAACCCCAUCACAGCAGCACCAACUCUCUCUCAGACGCUGACUUCAGAAAAAAUGCUUCCAAGUCGCGGAUUUAUUCUAUAAAAUUCUAUAUCAAACGCUCUUUUUUAAAAUAUAUUAAGAUAUUUUUGUAUGUAAGAGAUUUAUAGAUGUUUUGUACACAUCCUUUUGUAUAUAUUUUGUCUAUAUAUUUGCGAAGUCGCUUCUAUACCUCCUGCCUAUGUAGACUUGUAGUCUAUUAUUCUCUGGCUUUCGUGUUCACGAGGUUUCCAGAGGGAGUUUGAUACUCCGAUGUUUUAUCCUAUAGCACCGAUGUGUCUUAUUUAAUAGCAGAACCAUGUUAUUGCAUUAUGUCAUGUCACAAUGAUCAAAAACUUAUGCAGCUAUUGUCCAAACAGAGUGCAAUAGCCACGCAUUGUCUCUUUAUACUGCCAGCUCUAUAUCCUCUCCACAUAAGCGGAAAAUAAGAAGUCUUAUAACCAUAUUUUCUACACUCUAGUCUAAAAAUAAAACGAGAUGCUACUGAA